UAAUUUUCCGGUCCUCCUCUCGGGUCUGGGUAAACACCACCACCCCGAUUGGUUGUUUGUUUUAAACGUGGAACGAUCCAUCGCACAGCGCCGGGCUCGAUUGACACUGUCUGCUGAUCUGCUGCUGCGGAUUGCUCAGAAUAACAAGGCUGCUCGCUAAUUCCUGUCUGUCUAUCGGGGCUUUCGCCGGAACGCCGCGAGUAGGGUCCCAAAAAAAUCCCGCUGGGCCGGCUAGAACGCCGCUCCGCCGCUGUCCGCACCCCACAAUGGCUUCGGGAGACCUUUACGAGGUGGAGCGGAUCGUGGACAAGAGGCGGAACAAGAAGGGGAAGUGGGAGUACCUGAUUAGAUGGAAAGGAUACGGCAGUAAAGAGGACACCUGGGAACCCGAGCACCACCUGCUACACUGUGAAGAAUUCAUUGACCAGUUUAACAGUUUAAGACUGCAGUCACGCAAACGAACCAAACUCCCCAACAGCCGCAGCCACCCGCACACCAUCAGCCAUACCUCUGCAUUAGAACACUCCAGAGCUCGCUCCGAGGCGUCCAAAAAAAAAAGAACUUGUGAACAGGCGGUGGGGGUUAAAGUCGCCUCUGGUAUGCGAAUUGGAGGUGGAGGACUGGGACCCACUCAGAAGCAGAGGAGGGCAGGUGUUGAUGGAGGAAAACAUGCUUUUGGAGACAAAAUAAGCAAAGCCAUGACGCACAAGGAUCCUCGCUUUUUCCACCGGUUGAAGGAUCCCGACAGCAGACUGCAAAGUGGAGAGAUGGACGCAUCCAUGUACAGGACAGCAGCCAGGUCACAAAGACUGCCUUUAGAAAGAGUGGAUGGAGAAGUGGGAAACAAAGACACCGCUGGAACACAUUUUCCUACUGAACUAGCCAAUGGGAAGCUUCACGUCCAGAGCUCAGUGAAGAGGAAGCUGGCGGAGGAGAAAGGCUACGUGUUUGACAAGCGGCUCAGGUACAACGUGCGACAGAACGAGAGCAACUGUCGGUUCAGAGACAUCGUUGUCAGGAAAGAAGACGGGUUCACGCACAUCCUGCUUUCAAGCCAAACAACAGACAACAAUGCUCUCACACCAGAGAUCAUGAAGGAAGUUUGUCGUGCUUUGGGCAACGCGGCGGCUGACGACAGUAAGCUGUUGCUGCUCAGCUCUGUGGGGACUGUUUUCUGCAGCGGUCUGGAGCCGUCGUACCUGAUUGGACGUUUAUCCACAGACCGAAGAAAAGAGAGUAGCCGAAUCUCUGAUGCCGUUCGGGACUUUGUAUUGGCAUUCAUCCACUUCAAGAAGCCCAUUGUGGUGGCGGUGAACGGGCCUGCGAUGGGGCUCGGGGCGUCCAUCUUGCCGCUGUGUGAUGUGGUGUGGGCCAGUGAAAGAGCCUGGUUCCAAACUCCAUGUGCAGCCCUCCAUCUGACACCUUCUGGGUGCUCUUCCUACACCUUCCCCCAGAUCCUGGGUGUGGCUUUGGCUAAUGAGAUGCUGUUCUGCGGUAGAAAACUCACAGCACAAGAGGCGUGCAGUCGAGGUCUGGUCUCACAGGUCUUCUGGCCAACGACGUUCAACCAAGAGGUGAUGCUGCGUGUGAAAGAAAUGGCAUUGUGUAAUGCUAUGGUGUUAGAAGAGUCCAAAUGCUUGGUGAGGAGCUUCCUCAUGCCGGUUCUAGAAGACGUUAAUGAGAAAGAGUGUCAGAUUCUCAAGCAGCUGUGGUGUUCAACCAAAGGCCUGGAGGCACUCUUUAGUUACCUUCAUAAUAAAACCUACGAAAAGUAACUUUAAAGCUGGUCAAUGUGAGAGCAUCUGCAGAGGACGUCCAGAAUGACAACCUGCUCUAAAGGCCUGUGUCCAUCCACGAUCCAUGGAAGCGUCAUCUUUCAUCUCUACGAAGAAAAUAAAAACAGUUCUUGUGAUUUUUUUUUUUUUUUUUAGCUGAAUUUCUGGACGGCCAGUUUCUCUUCUGUGAAUCAAACAGCAAAGAGCCAUUGUUAAAAAGCUGAGAGCGCCAUCAUGGGGGUAUAGAAAAUCAGAGUCAGGCUUGAUUACAAGGGAUUUUGAGUGAAUAUAUUAAUAUAUUUAUUUAUGGUGUAAAAAAAAAAGUUUUUAAUAUUGAAAAUGUAUUUUUUUGUGAUUUAUAAAUGCACAGCUACAUUUAAGGCUCAUCUUGAGGAAAAUACAAUCUAAGCUUCAAAGAUUAACUUUAUUGUGUAUUUCUUUAUGUAUGUAGACACACAAUGUCUAAAUCUUUUAGGAUAUCAAAGAGAAUAUUUAAAUAUCUAUUUUUUGUAAACUUAUUAAAUGGGGUCACGCUCUAAGAUCCAGUAAAAGCUAUCAAUGGAUUACUGCAUUACAAAAGAAAAAAAAUAUAUAUAGUCUACAAAUUUUAUCUUCAAAUCUUCUCUGGACUCAACCUUUCUUUUAUGGUUUUAUUUUUAGCAUUAUUUUAAGUUUAUUCUGAUAGUGUUUUGUUGUUUUUCUCAAGAUGGUCUUAAAAAUGGCUAUAAUAUUGUAAUUACUUUAGGAUCGAACCAAAGUUUGGCUUUAAAAAUCUUCCCAUUUACUCACAAUUCUUAGUCAAAUCCUUAUAUGUAAAACAGAGGAAAACUCAAUUAAAAACUAACAUUUAGAAUAAUGCUUCAUUUAAAAAAAAUGUUUGUUUCACACCCCUAUUAUAUAAAGUCUUUAUUUUCAUGGCCACCAAAAGGUAGUUGAAUCAAAACUGUUUGUACGCAUGCACUGUCUCUUUUCCAUACCGUUUUUUAAAUUAAAAUUGAGAUGUUAAUGAAGAUCAUAAAAGAGGUGAAGAACACUAGAAGUCUUAAGUGACUGCUGACUGUGAUUUAAGCAAACGUCCACCAGAAGAAGGAUCCGUGAAGUUUUACCCGCCUUCAAGCAGCAACCUCACACAUGAAACUGUGAUCGUUCCUCCGUAGAACCUACACUCGUAUUUAGCCGUGCAGGUAGUUGUGUGUAAAGUGUGAUUGUCAAAUGAUCAAACUCGGAUAAUCGUUUUGCUGUUGCUUGACUACUGUUGUUGUCUCUAAGGACACAGAAGAAAUCAAACGUCGGUGAACAGCAUUGUGGAAUUUCUUUGUCCGUGGAGUUUCGUAUUUACCUGCAUGUGAAGAAAGUUUUAUAUUUUUCAUAGUAAUACCACAUGUAGGGAUCUAUUUUGUUUUACCAAAGUGUAAAUGUUUGCGGGUGUAUGUAAAUGUUUUUUGUAAAACUUGUCCAUUUUUCAGAGAAAACCUAAAAAACUGACUGCUUUCUGCAAUGUUUGUACAGCAUGUAAUAUACUUCAUGAAUGUAUUUCCUGUCAGAAUGCCUUGAAUUUUAGGGUAUAAUUUGUACAUGCGUUGUAAGUAUUGUAGCACAAAUGUUGGGCGUUUAUAUUUGUAUUUAUGUAUUGCUUUAUUUGUGCAAUUUGGUUUGCUCCUAAGGCACCACAACAAGUUUCUGUCCCAAAAAUUGUUGAUGGAGGUGAUGGUGUAGAUAAUCGAAUAGUAAAUGGUACUUAAAAAUCCAACCUAUUUAAUACUAGGAGAUUAUUUUUAUUGUGUAUUGAAAAUGUAAAGUAAUUUAAGAGAGAUUUUAUUUUGCAGAGCUUUAUUGGUAUAAAGAAACUGAAAAAUGUGUUUAGCUGCACUUCAAUGAAAUUUUGUUUUUCUGUUUAGUGUCCUCUCAGCUUGUUUAAUUAGUACAAACCUAAAGUACAAUCACUGAAUGAAUCAUUUUAGCCCAAAGAAAAUUCUGUGAGAAAAGCUAUUUAACUUGCAAACUUUGGUCUUCUUACUCUGAAGAAUUACUCCUAUUAAUCUUUAAUUAUUGAGAAAGCCCAACAGAAACACUUUUUCGGCGGAAAGUAACGGUUCAUAUACUCCAUUUCUGCUUUUAGCUCAAUUAUGAAGCAAAGAGGUCACGACUUCUGUACAUCAGCAGCAAAUCACUUUCACCUGCAGGGUUGGCAGGGGUGUCAAUUUUUAUUUAUUUUUUUAAACAUCACAGAUUACACAAAUACUUUUACUUUUCAACAGGUUAUUUCUCUGUUUUAUUUUCUAAGUUUGUGUCCUGGCAUGUGCUUAAUGAUGUGAUUAGGAUGUCGGUUAAAGGAUGAAAAAUACCUAGAAACAACUUAUUUUUCCUCAAAUAUUUAUUAUAAAUGCCUAUUCUAAAGGU